AUGAGCGAAUCCAACCUAUCUAGUUUCAUUAGCACAAAUUAUUUCAAUUUGAGGUCAGCGGCUAAUUCCUCGAACCCUGUUUCAAAGUCAAGUACAAAGAAGAGUAAGAGGAAUCAAAGAUCUCCAACAACUAGUAAUAAUUGGACCUUUAAAAAGAGAACUCUUCAAGCAUCACAGACGAUAUGGGAGGACAGGGAAAGAAGUUCCUCCAAUAGCCGUUAUCUAAUGAACCGCUCAAUGGCAUCCAGAACUACAACUUCUUUGAGCCGGUAUAGUACCAAUACUUCACUUCUUGGCCCCAGUGUUGAUUGUGUCCUCUGUUGUAUAUACGAAGUUCCAAGAGACGUCAGUACACGAAUUGGACUAUGUAUAAUCAACUGCAACACGGGGCAGCUGUUUCUUUCAGAUUUCAUGGAUUCGCAGAUCUACAUUCGUGUAGUACAUAAACUCCAAAUAUACCAACCUACAGAAAUACUAAUUCCAAGCAACUCACUGACACCAACAGUGUCAAAAUUAGCAACAAUGAUAAAAUUCAAUGUAUCAGAGACUGUUAAAAUUGAAGAGGGAUCACGAAAGUGUUUUAAUAGCCAAGAUGGAUUAGCGGCAAUCGAAAAGUACUUAUUGGAUGAUACAAAAAAGGAUCUAAAAAUUGAAGAGCUGAUAGAUAAAUCUUUUGCUCUCUGUGCUGCAUCCGCUGCGAUAAGCUACAUGGAAGAGAUCAUAUCCAAAAAUACGCGAAAUUUGAACGCAUUUCGUAAACUACGUAUUCAGUUCGAAGGAACUGAAAACACAAUGUUGAUUGAUUCUAAAACUGUGAGAGGAUUAGAGCUUGUAGAAAACAAAUUGGAUAAAAACGGAAUAUCGCUAUGGAAAUUCUUAGAUUCCACCUCUACUAAAAUGGGACAAAGAUCACUUCGGAACAAUAUACUUCAGCCUUUAACCGAUAAGGAAAGUAUUGAGAUGAGAUUAGAGGCUCUGGUAGAACUAGAGAAUAACGAUGAUCUUCUGCAAAAUUUAAGACUCGAAAUGAAGUCUUUACCCGACUUAGAUAAAUUGUUUUCGAGGUUGCUUUGCGUGAAUCAAGCGGCAAUAAAACCGGAUCAAAGAAUUAAUUAUGUCUUGUUGUUAAAGGAGACUUUACAGAGUGUAAAAUCACUAAAAACUAUUUUAAACAAUGAAACAAUUAAAAGCCGUUUAAUAGGUGAAACCAAUAAAAUAUUCAACAACGAUGCAAACAUAGAAAUUGAAAAGCUGAUUAAUGAAUAUAUAAAUGAAGAUUGUGUUUGGGCAUCUUCGACUAUGCAACUGCUUAAUCAGCGUUCAUUUGCUGUAAAAAGUGAUUCUAAUGGACUUUUGGAUGUUUCAAGACAAAUCUACAAGGAAGUAAAGGACGAGUUUUUCCAUGAAGUAGAGAAUCUUAGCGCCGAUCAUAAAAUCAAUCUAGAUCAUAAUUACGAUUCAGCUAGAGGCUUUUACCUCAGAAUAAAAAGGCAAGAUUUUACUGACAACAUCGCUGCUCUUCCAGAUAUAUUCAUUUCAAAAACAACAAAAAAGAACUAUAUUGAAUGCACUACCUUAAGCAUUAUUAAAAAGAAUGCCAGACUGAAAGAAGUUAUGGAAGAAAUAUUACUUUUAAGCGAAGAGACAGUUGACGACCUUCUCGAUAAAAUCGCAUCUCACAUUUCUGAACUAUUCAUGAUCGCAGAAGCGAUUGCUAUCCUAGAUUUAGUCUGUUCAUUCGCUUUCAAUUUGAAAGAGAAUAGUUAUACAAUCCCGACUUUUGCAAACAAUCUACUUAUCCAGGAUUCAAGACAUCCUUUGCUCGAAAAAGUCAUAGAUAAUUUUGUUCCUAACAGCAUAUCAAGCACGAAAAAUAGUUCCAGCUUACAAAUCAUUACAGGAUGCAAUAUGAGUGGGAAAUCGGUGUAUUUGAAACAGGUUGCCCUCAUUUCCAUAAUGGCCCAAAUGGGUUCAGGUAUACCAGCACGCUAUGGAUCCUUCCCUAUUUUUAAACGCCUACAUGCAAGAGUUUGCAAUGAUACCAUGGAAUUGACAUCAUCGAAUUUUGGCUUUGAAAUGAAGGAAAUGGCUUACUUCUUAGACGACAUAAACGAAGAUACGCUACUAAUUUUAGACGAGCUUGGACGAGGCUCAAGUGUUGCCGAUGGAUUUUGUGUUUCUUUAGCUGUUACUGAGCAUUUGCUUCGAACGGGAGCAACGGUAUUCCUUUCUACUCACUUCCAGGAUAUUCCCAAAAUUAUGUCUAAGAAGCCGGCAGUUUCUCAUCUUCAUAUGGAUGCGGUUGUUUUAAAUGACAAGUCUAUUAAAAUGAAUUAUCAUCUGACCCAGAAGUCUGUCCAGAUAGAGAAUAGUGGAAUAAAAGUCGUAGAUAAAAUAUUCAGCCCUAAUAUUAUUGAAGAAGCUUACAAUAUUCACUCACUUUUGAAGAUUGCUAAAGCCAGAAUUAGAAAUCAAAACUUGGAUGAUGUUAUUGAUGAAAAUACUAUAAACCAAAUGAAGAGAAUUCACAAUCUUGUGGCAAUUGUGCAUGAGUGUGUGAAAAACGAAAAAGAGCCCUUAACCUUGGAAAAGCUAAGAGAAAUAAAUUCUGAGUUUAUUGAAAAAUUUGAAGGAUGA